CACCGUGGACCAGUAUAGUCCAAAGAUGCGUUUCUCAGUUAGCACUGCUUUCGCGCUUGCAUUCGUCGUGCUGGCCGGCACUCUCUGCGCCGUGUCCUGCCUCCCAGCUCCAGAACAAAUCCAAGAUGGACCAAACCCGCUUCUGGAAGAGACUGCAUUUGGAGACAAUGCAAUGCCUGCCGAAGAAGUUCCAUCUGCAGGAGUGCGCCAAGCCAGAGCACCUACUUUCUUCCCGUCGGUGAACGUCUACCCUAGCUAUCCCUCCUACUAUCCCUAUGGCUAUUACGGCGGCAACCGCAUCGUAAUCCACAAGAGAAUCGGCUACGGCUAUGGUGGCUAUGGCUAUCCGCAUUAUUACUAUUAACUGCGUGCAUUGUCUACCGAAACGGACCGACAACAUCACCAUCAUCAUCAUGAGCUGCCAAUUUUCUAGAAUCUGUACCAACAUGUGAAUAUUUAUUUGGAGUGUACAAUAAACUUUCUAUAUAU